AUGAGACUCCCGCACCUCCACCUCUCCGCUGCCUCUGGAGCUCAGGCCAUGAAGAAGCUGCUGGUGCCGCUGUUGAUGGCGCAACUCUGGGCUGCGGAAGCAGCUCUGCUCCCCAGAAACAACACCGACACGGACCUCGAGACCUACAGCUCCCCGUGCGCGCGCGGCUCGCAGGCCUGGCAGGUCUCCCUCUUCAAUGGCCUCUCCUUCCACUGUGCCGGCGUCCUGGUGGACAAGAACUGGGUGCUCACGGCCGCACACUGCUAUAACCACAAAAAGCCUCUGUGGGCUCGGGUAGGAGAUGACCACCUGCUGCUCCUCCAGGGCGAACAGCUCCGCCGGACCACUCUCUCCAUCAUCCACCCCAAAUACCGGCAGGGCUCAGGCCCCAUCCUUCCCAGGCGCUCUGACGACUACGACCUCAUGUUGCUGAAGCUGGGGAGACCUGCAGUGUUGGGGCCUCGAAUCCAGACCCUGCGCCUGCCCUACCAGUGUGUCCAGCCUGGAGAGCAGUGUCAGAUUGCUGGCUGGGGCACCUCAUCAGCUCGAAGAGUGAAGUACAACAGGGGCCUGAGAUGCUCCAAUGUCAAUGUUCUGAGCCAGAAGGAAUGUGAUGUCUUCUACCCUGGCGUGGUCACCAACAACAUGAUGUGUGCUGGACUGGAUCAGGGCCAAGAUCCUUGCCAGAGUGACUCAGGUGGCCCCCUGGUUUGUGAUGAGACCCUGCACGGCAUCCUUUCAUGGGGUGUUUACCCCUGUGGCUCUGCCCAACAUCCAGCCGUCUACACCCAGAUCUGCAAAUUCGUUCCUUGGAUAGAGAGAACCAUACGUUCCAACUGA